AAUUCACGAUCGUGCACUUGAUUUCAAAUUGUAUAUCAAAAUUUCGAACAACGUCAAUAAAAUUAAUAGAUAUGAAGAAACUGAAACGUACCAUUCUGGAGAUAAGGCCCGUAUUCAGUAGCGGAAAGGUGCAUCUUGAUGUCGUCAAGGGUCUCGCACUAGCAGAGGUUGUUGUAAUCGGCGGCAGUGAAGAGGCUAGCCUUGUAGCCCCUCACGAUCGCCUUCAGAUACCCACCAUGGAUGUUGAAGGUCAUAGCUUCAAAUCCGGAAGGAAAGAAGAUGAGGGUAUGUCGCGAACCCAAGACCUGGGUUCCUCGCGAACCCAGGCUCUUGGGUGGGAACCCGCGAGCUGGGUUCCUCGCGAACCCAAGCUCGGUUCCUCGCGAACCCAAGCUCCUAGGUGCGAACCCACGAGCUGGGUUCGCGAGGAACCCAAGUUCCUGGGUGCAAACCCGCGAGUUGGGUUCCUCGUGAACCCAAGGUCCUGGGUGCGAACCUGUGAGCUGGGUUCCUCGCGAACCCAAGCUCCUGGGUUCGCCUAGAGAUAAAAGGAGAAAAAAAAAAGAAGAAAAGGCCGGAGGAAGGAGAGGAUGGGGAAGAAAGAAGAGGGUAAAUUAGUAAUUAAAAGAAAAAAUUUUAC